AAUAAUUCAGGUGAUAUUCUUAAAUACUGAUUGCGUAACAUCUUUCGCAGGUUCCGCAUGAAAUUUAUUUUGUCAUAGACAAAUUUAAAAAAUAUUUUUCAUCACGUAGUACAAAUACCUUAGUAUUUUUGAUUAAAUGUAAAAAGCUAUAUAAUUUACACAGGAAUAAAAAUAAAUUUAACUAUUAACAAGAACUAUUUUUUAAAAGUGAUGAAGAUCAGCUUCAAUUAUCUUUUGUAUCGAUUGUUCUCAAAACGCUGAUAUCUUGUGAAUAAGUUAAGCAGCCUGUAAUUAAAUCAAAUUGUUGAUGUAGACUAUUUAUUAAAUUGAUGAAAAAAGGUACAUAACAGAAUUAUUUGAAAGCAAUUAUGAACAUAGAAGAAUUUAGAAUUUAUGGUAAGGAAAUGGUUGAGUACAUUUGUAAUUAUUUGCAAACAUUGAAUGAUAGAAGAGUUACAGCUAAUGUAGAACCAGGUUAUUUAAAAUACUUAUUACCAAAAGAGGCUCCAAUGAAACCUGAAUCAUUCGAACAGAUUAUGAAAGAUGUAGAAAAUAAAAUUAUGCCUGGAGUGACUCAUUGGCAACACUCGGGCUUUCACGCUUAUUUUCCAUCAGGGAAUUCUUUUCCUUCGAUUCUUGCAGAUAUGCUUUCGGAUGCAAUAGGUUGCAUAGGAUUUUCAUGGGCAUCUUCUCCAGCAUGUACAGAGCUUGAAAGUAUUGUUUUAGACUGGUAUGCAAAAGCUUUGAAUCUACCUUCGAUUUUUUUAUCAGAUUUCAAAGAAGAUUCAGUUGAUGUUUGUAAAGGUGGUGGCGUAAUCCAAGGUUCUGCGAGUGAAUGCAUUUUAGUAACCAUGUUAGCUGCUCGAAGUCAAGCACUUCAAAUGUUAAGAAAUGAAAAUCCAACUGCAUCAGAUGCUCACUUUUUAUCUCGACUUGUAGCCUAUUGCUCAACAGAAUCACAUUCAUGUGUUGAAAAAGCUGCAAUGAUAUGUUUGGUAAAACUCCGUAUUUUAAAUGCAGAUGAUCAAAGCUCAUUGAGAGGACAUACCCUUGAAACAGCUAUACUGGAAGAUCUAAGCAAAGGAUUAAUACCUUUUUAUGUUUCAACAACUUUGGGGACAACGGGUUGUUGUGCUUUUGAUAAAUUGAUCGAAAUUGGACCCGUGGUGAAAAGAUUUCCUGGAACAUGGCUGCACGUUGAUGGAGCCUAUGCUGGAAACUCUUUUAUUUGCCCAGAACUGCGAUAUUUGAUGGAUGGUAUCGAAUUUGCAGAUUCAUUUAACACUAACCCUAAUAAAUGGUUACUUGUUAACUUUGAUUGUUCGUGUUUAUGGGUUCGAAAUCGCCUUAAACUUACUCAUGCUUUAGCUGUAGACCCUUUAUAUUUACAACAUGCUAAUUCAGCAGAAUCAAUUGACUAUCGACACUGGGGAAUUCCUUUAAGUCGACGCUUUCGUGCUCUUAAAUUAUGGUUUGUUUUGAGAUCUUAUGGAAUUUGUGGUUUGCAAAAGUAUAUAAGAAACCAUAUUAUGUUAGCAAAACAAUUUGAAAACAAACUUCGUUCUGACAACCGAUUUGAAAUUCUAAGUACAGUUUAUGCAGGUCUUGUUUGCUUUCGUCUAAAAGAUAGCGAUGAAAUCAAUCAAGAUCUCUUAGCAAACAUUAAUGCUUCUGGGAAAUUGCAUAUGAUUCCGGCCAGAGUAAAAGGUAAAUAUGCCCUUCGAUUUUGUGUGGUUCAUGAAAAUGCAAAUGAAUAUGAAAUCAACCGGGCUUUGCAAGUCAUUUCGGAUCAUGCAAAUGAGUUAUAUAUUUCAUUUUCCGAAAUAAAUCAUAACAAGGAUCAACAAAACCCAUUACAUAAAAAUCCAAACAGCCCCAUGACCUUAGAUAAAAAGCUUGUUCGUAAAUUUAGUUUUACUCGAAGUGUCACGCGUGACACAUACAAAAGAUCUCGAUCAAAAACUAGUUUACACGAUGGAGCCACUCCUAUUACUGUAGUUGAAGACCUUCGUCAGCAGGUUGAUCUUAUAGAAGAAGAUGUUUUUUGCGAUAGCCGAUGA